AGAGGAGUUCAAUUAGUUGCAUAGACAAGAAAAAUGAGAGCAAAUGAGCUUUAAACGCAAGGCAAGAGCAUUGCUAAUGACCCAAUCGUGCACAGCUGCGACGGCAGCUGCGCAGGGACUUCCCUUCACCUACGCCUGUAGGAUCCUUCGCCCACCUCCGGACGCCACGUCUCUACGCUCCACUGUUACCAGGAUGAGCAACCGAGACCAGACGGCUCAUAUCGACGCCCAGUUCAUGCAGAAACGGACCCUUCGCUCGACAGUCCGCAAGGCGCUCAAAAGCAUGGACGCAAAUCAGAGAUCCCAAGAAGAUAAUGCAAUUCAGAGAAUUGUUUUGGAUGCUCCAUGGUUCAAGUUGAGUCAGAGGUUGUGUGGUUAUAUAAGCUGCAGUGCUUUGAGGGAAGUAGAUACAUCUAUGGUGUUAUCAGAAAUUCUACAAAAUCCAGCUGGAGAUGUAUUUUCAAAUCAAGAUGGCCAUAGGCAGAUGAAGAAAAAGCUUUAUGUUCCACGCAUAGAGGACAAGAAUAGUAACAUGCGAAUGCUCAACAUCUCCAGUAUUGAUGAUCUAGUUGCAAAUUCCAUGAACAUUUUAGAGCCAGCUCUAGUGGAUGACGAUGGGAAUAAACGUGAGGAUGUUAUGCAGGCAAAUGACCCUGUUGACUUGUUCCUCUUACCUGGACUUGCAUUUGACAGAUCUGGAAGACGCUUGGGUCGUGGUGGGGGUUAUUACGAUUCCUUUUUGAGGAAAUACCAGGAGCUUGCAAAGGAGAAGAGUUGGAAGGAGCCCCUCCUUGUUGCUCUGUCAUAUUCUUUGCAGAUAAUGGAUGAGGGAGUUAUACCAGUUACUCCAAAUGAUGUUUCUGUUGAUGUGAUUGUUUCCCCAAGUGGUGCCAUUCCCAUUAGCUCAGCUGCCUUGGAGAGGAUGGAGCAUGAGAUGACACUUUGAGAUUCCAGGAUGAAGUGUGACAUGAAAUAUUGAGAGGAGGCCUGACUGUUCUUAUUCAAUUGCCAGCUCUUCAUGAAAAUUGCAGAUUGUUUGGUUCGGAAGCUGUUGAAAGGAUUUUAUGAUGCUCUAAUGCAGUGAUUACAUAGUGCGUGGCUGUCCAAGGAAGGGGAUGAAACUUUAAUGUGCCAUUGUUGUUACAAGGUGAUGAUUGAUUAUUCACGAAGGCUAUUUUUGUUGGAAAAUCUUCAGAAAUGAUUCCGAAAGCGAAAGUAAACUCAGAAAAUGAAAGAUGUUUUGAAGUAACUGUCAAGGUGUACUUAGGUGUACUUAGUUUUAAAGAUUUCUGUUGGUUUGUGAUUAUUGCAAUUUUUUGAAAAA